UUUCCCUAAGAUGACUGCUUUAGCCUGGUGCACAACACUUAUGUAAAAAGGAAAUACGUCACUUUUAAAAUGUCAACACCAUGGUGUGUAAUACCUGCGCUGAAGGUGAGACCUGUGUGAGCGACGACAAGAUCAACUGGAGGUGUGGGCAGCCGGCUCCUCGGCUGAGGUUGGUGAAUGGUAACACGCCAUGCAACGGUAGAGUGGAGAUCCUCCAUAACAACCAGUGGGGAACAGUGUGUGAUGAUUUAUGGGAUAUAAACGACGCCAAGGUGGUCUGCCGACAGCUGAGAUGUGGCCCUGUCCAGUCAGCAACUGUUUCUGCCUCCUUUGGACAAGGCACCGGACCGAUCUGGAUGGAUAAUGUUGCCUGUAAAGGCAACGAGUCUUUGCUAUCAGAAUGUGAACAUACAGGGUUUGGCACUCAUAACUGCAACCAUGGUGAAGAUGCUGGAGUCAUCUGUUCUGAUGAUCUUAGUGGUUUUCCAGAGCCGGAGUUGGUGUGUGGACAGGAUCACCUGCGUCUGACAGUCCAGAAGAGGCUGUUGGAGGAACGAGGGCUGAACCCCUCCUCCGCUCACAUGAUUGACCCGCGCUGCCACCAGCAGGUUGACCAGCAGGAGGUGAUGUGGUACCUGGUGCAGCGAAGGAAGGGUAUCUGUGGAAACGUGGUAGAGACAAACGGCUCCCACAUUACGUACUCCAACAUUUUGUUCGUGUACCCGUCUGAUGGGUCCAAUGAUUUGCUCUACGCCCCGAUGAGCAUACCGUUCUCCUGCGUCUUCCCGCUCGAUGACAUCACCAGCCUCGAAGCCGCCAUUCGAUACCAGCUGCCUCGUAGCGUCGGCUUGGUGCGUUCAGGUGACCCCACCAGGGCGCAGAUGACUCUGUACGAGAGGCCGGACUACAGCAAGCCGUUCCCCGCUGGCCCGGUCAGCCUGCCGCUGGGCGCCGCCCUGCACGUCGGCGUCUCUGUGGAAAACUACGACAACAACAGCUUUGGGCUCCUUCUGGAGCACUGCUACAUCACAAACUCGCCCAACGCCAACGAUCCUGCCAGAUAUGUCCUGAUCCAGAACAGGUGUCCAGUUGACCCUCGCCAUGUGAAGGUGGCAGAAAGCGGUGUGUCGCAGCGAGCUCGCUUCUCGGCGCUGCUGUUCCUCUACCACGGGACCUUUGAGGACGUUUAUCUGCACUGCCGGAUCAGCCUGUGUGACCGGGACAGAGGCCCCUGCAGCCCUAACUGUUCCAGGCGACGCGCUCGGUCCGCCACCGCAGCCAAUCAGCUUCCUGUCACUGUUGGACCAAUCAGCUGGUCAUAACAAGAGCGCUGAGGCUGCAGAGGAAUCAACUUCCUGUUGCUGAGGCGGAGAAUCUUUAUUA